AGGAAACUAUCAUUUAAUAAAAAAAUGUUGAAAAUACGGUCUCGCGAAAUAAGAUAAAAUCAUAAAAUUAUCAGUAGGUGACGAGUGAAAAUCCCAGGCGUGUUUAGAUAAACGAAUAUAUAAACUAGGUAGAAAUAUAGGCUUAAAUUACUUCUACCGUAUUCUAUUUACCUGUAAAAAGGAAUUUUACGGAGUGUUUACAUUUUGACCAAACGAAGCCUAUCCUGUGUAUAUGGUUGUAUGAAAACAGUAUAGGACAAUAUUUCUGCAUGAAUUAAAGGUACAUUAGGAGGUUUUAACAAUGUGAUGUGCAGAUUGUUUCGUAAAGAAGUCAUUAAGCUGACAUACAUAUAUAUAAAAUAGAAGUAUAUACUUUUCGACUUUUGACAUGGAUUACUGGUUAAUGGGAUUUAUUAAAUAAACAUACUUAAUAUCCGUUUUCAUUGAGAUGUACAUACACGUUUUCAUUCGGGCUUUAAGUUUAAGUUUUACGUGCUCAUAAAAGCAUGUCAAAUUUAUGAAAAGAAAAAAAAAUAUGUUUGAUAUUUGUAGUAAAGUUUCGUUUUUGAGUGUAUAUUAAAUAUGGAUAUGUGUAUAGUUCGUAGCAGGUAAAUAAAAAGGUAAAACUGGAAUCUGCGUAUAAAUAAGAUGGAAUAAGUUUUGAGGGAGAAACGUGCUAAAAGAGGAUGGGUACUGAUGGAUAAAACAUGUGAAUCUGCUAAUUUAUCAGAAGUAUUCUCUUUAUCUUUCUGACAACUUAUUUUCACCUUUGCUAUUCCUGAAAGAAAAUGUCGUUGAGAAUUGCUUGGAUUUAUUUAUGCAGUAUUUUGUGUUAUGGUUAUCUCGUCGACGGCCAGGGUGGUCAGUGUCCAGGAUUAUCAUUCUCCAUCAAUCCAAAUGCCGACGUGAAGUUUUCUGUAAUAAGCACAAUAAGACUUCCCGACGGAGAUACAUGUAGCGGUACCAUUUCGCCGUCGGCAGUUCAACGUCUUGCUACUAUGCAAUGGGUGGUUGAUAGAAUGAACGCGAACAACUUCACAGAAGGAGUUAAAAUAGGUUUUGAUGUCUUCGAUGACUGUGGUAUACCAAGGAACACCAUGGCACGAGCCCUUGAUAUUUUAGAUGGACCUAUCCUCGGUACACAACAAUGCCUAGAUGCAGCUCCAGAUUCAUGCAAUAUAGGGAUAAUUGGGGGAUCAAACAGCACUACAACAGAGUUCAUGUUAUAUGCUCUGCGAGGAAGCCAGCUACCAGUGAUCGGACCAUAUGCUACCUAUCACAACCUAACCAGGUACUCCAACUAUUACAGAACCGUGCCAAACGACCUUCAACAAAUCCAGGCGACCGCUGACUUACUCCGGCAACUUAGAUUAACAUAUGUAGCGGUUGUGCAUACAGACGACGACUUUGGUAGAUACGGUGCUUACAAACUAAAAGAAAUCAGCAAAGCCAAUGGCAUAUGUGUAGACAGUAUACAAAGUAUAGAGACAGGACCUGACAUAAAGAAGGAUUUGCUAAUACAACAGAGGAAGAAAACAAAGCACAAUUCAUUGCGUGUUGUAUACUUUGGCAGACGUAAUAUAUACCGUAGUAUGCAAACGGAAUUGAGUUACUCUAAAGACGUAAUGUUUAACAUCAGCUGGAUAGUCGUAGAAAACCCUGAAGAUACUUCAGUGCCGUUUGAUUCCUCUAGUGGUCUUGAAAAAGGAAUGUAUAUCAUUUCACCUACUGUAAAUCACGUGAAAGACGUACAGGAAUUUUUGGCGGGAAAGUUUUCGGAAUCAGAGUCACCUGCAGACGAUAUUGAACGUUUGAUAAGAUGUUUAGGUGAUACGGAAGUUUCAGAUAUCACUCAUAAAGACAUUGCAGCAACAAUUGACGCCGUGUAUGUGUUUGCGUCCGCGUUACAGAGACAAACUAAAUUAUACUGCUCUAGUUAUAUGUGUGACCAACUAAGAACUGCUUUUGAAUUCAAGUUGUCUGAUGUUCAGAAUCAUCCAGUGAAGUAUGCAGAUAUUGCUGACAUAAUUACAGUACAAGAGUUCGCCGAUGACGUAAGAACAGCAAGUUUUGAGGACAAUGGUGAAUUUUUACCCAAUGCUGACAUGAGCCUGUAUGCUAUAUUUGUUGUAGAUCAAGAUAAUGUCACAAAGAUUGGUGACUUUCGUGGCAGCUCUAUCAACUUUACGGAGUUUCGCACGGAAAUGAUGGCAUCGUCAAUAUGUAACGAGGAAUGUGCGAUAUGUGAAAACAUACCAGAUAUCUCAUUUGCCUUUCUUGAUGGUGAAACAUUUAUACUGGGUGUAUUUGCUGUUCAUGAAACAGAUCCGAAUGACCCAUUUAGAUGUUCCAAAUUCCGCACCUUUCAGAUGGAUAUUAUUACAAUUGAAGCGUUUUUAUUUAGCGUACAACAAAUGAGAAAUGAAACAGGUAUACAGUUUGGUGCAAUUGCUAUUGACGAUUGUUACAGCUCUGCUCAGACGGAGCUAGUGCUUGGUCAGAUAUUGUCAGGGGAAGUUUCCCUUACAAACCCUUAUACCGGUGGGUCAAUUGACGUCGAGAGAAUAGCUGCUGUUGUAAUGACAGUCAGCAGCUCGGUCACUAUACCUGUGGGAUUUCUCAUGACCGAGAAGAAAAUUCCAGUCAUUUCUGCUUCGGCGUCUUCCCCCGAUUUGGACGACCGAAUUAAUUUUCCGUAUUUUCUACGGACAGUUCCAAGUGAUGUCGAACAAGCCCGGGCGAUGAUCAGCAUUAUUAAACGUAUGGGCUGGAGUUAUGUAAGUUUGUUGUAUGUUGAGAAUAACUACGGUAGCAAAGGAAUGGAAGCUUUUGUUAGACUUGCAAAUCAAAGUGGUAUAUGUAUUGCUGCAUCACCAGAAGGGAUAAGCGAUGUGAGUGAUGAUAACUCAGACAGUGAACUGAUUGGUGUGUUUUCAAGACUGAAUGUUCAAAGAGCUGACGUGGUAGUUUACUUUGGAACUGAAGCAAGAAUUGAACAAUUUCUUAAAGUUAUAAAUGAUAGAAAGGAACAAAACGACUUCAUUUUUCUUGCAAGCGAGGAUUGGGGAGAUAGACAGUAUAUAUUAGACAUAGGAAAGGAGCGGACACUAGGAAGUAUUACAUUAAAGAAUGAAGUGGAAAGUUUAGCAGGAAAACCCUUAGAACAUCAUUUAAGGAGCCUUAAUCCAAAGACUGCGAUGCACUCUAGAAAUCCAUGGUUUGUUGAAUAUUGGGAAGAAACUUUUCAGUGUGAUCUUCCUCAAACUUUUCGACAUAAAUUUGACAUUGUUUGCGACGAAACUUUGAAAUUUUCUGACGAUAACAUCACACAUUUUGUAGAGGACCACAGAAUUGUUCAUACAGCGGUUGCCGUCCAGGCGUUGGCUCGUGGCCUUAAACAGUCACAGGAGGAAUUCUGUAAUCCAAACUUGCCGCAGGGGAAUACAUUUCCGUGCCAAAAAUAUUUCCAGUAUAUAACAAAUGUUGUAAAGUACAUUCGGGAAGUCGAGAUAACACGUGGCGAAAAUGGCGCAAGGGUAUUUAAAGAUGAUGGAAAUGGAAACGUAGGGUUUAAAGUGAACAAUGUGCAGAAAUCAGCAAAUGGAGACCUUGACUAUAUACCGAUUGGUUCCUACGAUGAAGGCCUGCUGACACUGGAUGAAAACAAAAUAAAUUUCUAUCAAACAGUCAGUGGUGAUUGCUUCGGAAACUACUGUGGACAUUGCACGAAUGGCUCCUUCACAAAACCUGUUACCAUAGCAACGACUACGCACAUGCAUACCGAGACAGAAGAUUUCGCUGUUCCAGACUACACGAUAAUAGGGAUUCUCGGUUUCCUGUUUGUUGUGAUAAUGGUAAUGAGCAUUAUAAUUGUCUGUUACCUCAGACGACGAAUUAUUGGUAAGUUUCACGUGAAAUGCGCUUUAUAAUCAUAUUUGUAUCUC